AUGCCUACAAUUCAAUGUUCUUGUGGUUGCGCAGCCUUUGAAGAAGAACACAAGAUUGUCAUAUGCUGUGUUUGCAACAAACCCACAAAAUACACCUGCGCUGAUCUUACUGCCUCUGAAGUGAGAAAAACUAAAACAAAAGUUGGACUUUCGUGGAGCUGCACUAUAUGCAACCAAAUGGGAAACGAUAUAAAUAGUUUAAAAGCCAUAAUUAUUAGUCUCAAAAAUGACAUUCUGGAACUCAAAAAUAGAGAUUCACCAAUAGUAAAUAAUUUUGGAUUUGAAGAUAUUAUUCAGGAAAUCAAUGAACGAGAAAAAAGAAAGUCCAAUGUUAUUAUAUAUAAUAUACCCGAGUGUCUAGCUAGUUCAAGUUCUGAUAGAUCCAAAGAAGACAAGCUAGUCGUUGAUAAGGCUUUGCAAUAUGUCCUGUCGCUACACUCUGAAACAGAAAAAGAUUGA